UCUCCAGAAAGUUCUGCACUGCAAAGCGGCUAUAAGUACCUCCCACUUUCCCUCCGCACUCUCACAGCAAAGGCGACUCAAAGCUUGGGAAGGCAGGAUUUGGAAAGACAGUCACCAUGGUUCACGAAACCGGCUACUACGAUCUUCUGGGUGUCAAACCCAAUGCUUCACAGGAUGAAAUCAAAAAAGCCUACCGAAAACUUGCCUUGAAAUAUCAUCCUGACAAGAAUCCAAACGAAGGAGAGAAGUUCAAGCACAUCUCUCAAGCAUAUGAGGUGCUGUCAGAUCCAAAGAAGAGAGACUUGUAUGACCAAGGAGGGGAACAAGCCAUCAAAGAAGGAGGGAUGGGUGGCGGAGGUUCUCCGAUGGAUAUUUUCAAUAUGUUCUUUGGAGGUGGAGGACGAAUGCAGAGGGAGAGAAAAGGGAAGAAUGUGGUUCAUCAGCUUAGUGUCUCACUAGAGGAGAUGUACAAUGGUUCAACAAGAAAGCUCGGACUCCAGAAGAAUGUCAUUUGUGAGAAAUGUGAAGGCUAUGGUGGCAAGAAGGGUACUUUGGAGAAGUGCACAAACUGCAAAGGAAGAGGAGUGCAAGUCAGGGUGCAGCAGGUGGGACCAGGCAUGAUUCAGCAGAUCCAAAGCAUGUGUCCAGACUGCCAGGGACAGGGCGAGAAAUUUAACUCAAAGGAUCGCUGCAAGAACUGCAAUGGCCAGAAAGUAGAACGCAAGAAGAAAAUCCUUGAAGUUCAUAUUGACAAAGGUAUGAAAGACGGUCAGAAAAUUACAUUUCACGGAGAAGGUGACCAGGAGCCUGGCCUGGAACCUGGGGAUGUCAUCAUUGUGUUAGAUCAGAAGGAUCACCCAGUUUUCCAGAGAGAGCACAAUAACCUAAUAAUGAGGAUGAACAUCAAACUUGUCGAGGCACUGUGUGGAUUCCGGAAGACCAUUCAGACUCUAGACAACAGAACACUUGUUAUCAGCUCACAACCAGGUGAAGUCAUUAAGCACAAUGACGUCAAAUGUGUUAUGAAUGAGGGCAUGCCACUUUACAAAGAACCUUAUGAAAGGGGACAGCUUAUUAUUCAGUUUCAGGUGGAGUUCCCAGAGAAAAACUGGCUCCCAGAACAUCUGAUGUUCCAGCUGGAAAGACUUCUUCCGCCCAGAGAGGAUGUGAUGGUCACAGAUGACAUGGAGGAGGUAGAACUAAGCGAGGCCGAUUUGCAGUCACAACAGAAACACUACAGUGGUGAAGCUUAUGAGGAAGACGAUGACAAUCCCAGAGGUGGCAUCCAAUGUCAGACACAGUGAUUGUAGUCAAAGUCUUAUAUGUAGAGCAUGUGGGUUUUGUUUUGUAAAAGGAAACGUUUAACCCAUGCCUUUGGUCCCUUUCAUUAAGUAAUACACUGUAAAUUUGUGACAUCACAUUUAAAACUGUUGCCAAUCCUUUUUUUUUUUUUUUUUUUUUUUUAAUUAAACUCGGGACACAAAUAUGCAAGUGGAGUAGGGUGCACCUAAAGUUGUCAGUGGUUUAUUUGUUUGUUUUGUGCAUGUUAUGUUCUAUUUAAUUGUGUAUUUUGUGUGUUUUCUGAAAUUUACAGCACAAAUGUCUUCAUAUGAACCUAAAUGAUGACUUGUAUGCUUUCUGUGAAGGUGAAAUUCAAGUCAAAUGCUUUUUUUGUACAAUAAAU